GAGGAGUCAGAGCGUCAACGGAGCUCUUCGCAAGAAUUCCAGGACUUGUUUGCUAAGGAUUCUUAUGGCUCUAGGGAAACUGACCUACACGUUGCAAGAAUCCAGACGGAUCCCAAUGCACCCCCUGUAUAUGUCAAACAGUACCAACUUCCGCUGGCAGCUUACGAGUCGCUAUCGGAAAUCGUCAAGAACUUGGAGAAGCGAGGAAUCAUCCGUCCGGUGCACAGCUCGUUCAACCAUCCUAUACUUGGGAUUCUCAAACCCAAUGGUCAGUUUCGUCUCUGUUCGGACCUAAGGCAGUUAAAAAUACGUGUAUACAUGUCCGGAUGGCCCAUGCCGUAUAUGGACCAGAGUUUGGCGCAAAUACAGGGAUCCAAAAUUUUUACUGCUCUGGAUUGUGCGCAAGGAUAUUGGAUGAUUAAAGUGGACGAGAGGGAUCAAUAAAAACUGACCUUUACAUUUGAAAACAACAAUAUGCAUGGACCCGAUUACCUUUCGGGUACAUAAAUGCGGGUCAUGAAUUUGCUGUGUUCAUGCAUAAGGCGAUGCCUGAUGCCACUGAACGAGGUACCUUAUGCUAUGUGCACAACUUUUUAGAAACAUAUUGCGGAACUGAGGCAUGUACUAACCCAACUGAGAAAAGCUGGUGUGAAACUUUCUUUACAGAAGGCUCAGUGGUGUCGUACCAAAGUUAAUUUCCUAGGUCAAGAAAUCACUGCUGAUGGAACUAUCCAAGGAGUUGAGAUCCUUCCUGGGCAUGAUGAACUAUUCACGUAAGUUCAUAGACAACUAUGCCAAGAUUACAAAACCUCUUUUGCAGUUGCUGAAGAAAGGAGUGAAAUGGGAAUGGAGUGAGCGUCACGAGCAAGCUGUGAAUGAGCUCUAAGCCAGACUUAUCCAGGCCCCAUGCCUUGCCUAUCCAGAAGGUGGAAAACCCUUUUACAUUAAAACAGGCUUCACUGGAAAAAGCAUAAGUGCGGUCCUUUUCCAAAAACAGGACAACCUGAACAAGAUCAUCGCCUAUGCCAGCAAGUCCUUGUCACCGGUUGAGGUACCCCCAUUUGAUGGCUCAAUGGAUAUUUGCUCUCUCCUCAAAUAGUUUGGCUCAAUCGUUGAUAAUCUCUCAGAUGCCUCCUCAGUGGAGCAAUUCCUUCUCAAUCACAAAAGCUGUCCAAAUGAAAUACAUUUAACAAGAGGCCACGGAUGAGAAGAACUUGUGUGAAAAAUAGCAUUCACAGAUGUCUUCUUCCUAAACAGGUCAUUGAUCAUAGAGCACCCAGGGACACUCAUUCACAGUCAAGUGGGAAACGGUCGUCAUGAAUAAUCAGGAGGUUGUGGCUAUGCUGCAGGAGUGCAGGCAAAUGCUCCAAGUUCUCGUUUCAGAGGUGUCAGAGCCAUCUGAAGAGGAAAAGAAUGACUUCCAGCGGUGCGAAGCUUCGCUCCCAGUCGAUCUGAAGACCCUUAUCCAGGAGGCAAAGGAAAUGAAGUGGCCAUUUGUACCAGAAAGGUGGCAAUACAAACAGGAUGUGGGCCCAGAAGACAAAACAAACCUUCAAGACCUUAUUAACCCAAGACUGCAAGACUUACUGGUAUUUUUGAAGUCUUGUAUCCUGGUCCAUGAUAGUUGUACAGCAGCUGCCAUUGUAUUUUUGAUUGACCGAUUUCUAUACUGGGCAGAUGCAUCCAGAAGACUGCUCUCUGUUGCCAAAGCUUUGCAUAAAAUUUGGCCCUCCGCUCCAAUAGCUCCACAGGUGGUUAUUCGGCAAGCUCGUAUCUCGGUAAAUUCAGGGAAACUUUUGAAAGCAGAAUAUAUAUUAAGCAGUUUGAUAAGCAACAAUGGAGCAACAGGUACCUGGAAUUAUUCUGAAGAGAGUGAUAGACUUCUGGUUCAGUCUGUUUGUAUACAGAUACGAGGACAAAUCCUGCAGAAAUUAGGCAUGUGGUAUGAAGCAGCUGAGCUGAUCUGGGCCUCUAUUGUUGGUUUUUAUGAACUCCCCAUUCCAGACAAAAAGGGAAUUGCAACAUCUCUUGGUGCUUUAGCGGAUAUCUUUAUAUCUAUGAAUGAGAAGGACUACCAGAGGUUUAAGCAAAGUACCCAUGUGGGAUUGACUUUACUGGAAGAGUAUGAACACAGAUUACUGUCUGCAGCAGAAGCAUGUAAACUGGCGGCAACCUUCAGUCUGUACACACCCCUUUUUGUCCUUACCAAUCUGAACAUCCGUGGUUCAUGCUUAUUAUCGUACAGCUUGUCAAAAGAGUGUCCAAAUGAUAGAAAGUCUUAUUAUCUCUCCGAAGCUAAGGAAUCAUUCCAAAUUGGUCUCCUCACCAAGAAGAAAGGAGACCGUGUGAUAAGUAAGCAGGAGCUUCACAGCUUUGUCAAGGCAGCCUUUUGUCUUGUAAAUGUACAUAAGUGGAUUAACGGCACAGAACCCAUAAAUGAAGAUGUGAAUCAACUUUGUAGAGAAGCCAUGGAGAAACUUGCAAAGUAUAACCUGUUACCGGAUAAACAAGACAAAGUAGACUUAUCUAUUGAUAUCAUGUCUCUUGUAAGCUCCAUUAAAGAUCAUUUAGAUGUACAGGCAUUCCAGAACUCUGAGGAUAAUUGUUAUGUUCCUGACACCUACAAGGACUGUCUGAAAAAAAAUUUGUUUACUGGAAAAGUCAGUUUUGCAAAGCUAUUGGAUAUGUAUUCUCAUCAUCACAAUUCCCUUUGUGAAGUGUUUGACAUUACAUGCAGGCAGCAGGUCACCACAGAUGGGUUAAGAUCAGGUGCUUGUGUCACCGCCUUGAAGACUACUGAUACUAUAAGUACAAUGGACAGCACAUCCAGCCACACAGAUGAAAGAAGUGAUCGAUCAGACAAGAAAUCAGUUAGAAGAAAAAAAUUAAUACGGUCUAAUGCAAUAAGUGCCUCUGAUAGCAGUAGAAGGAAAUUAAGUAGGUCCUCCAGUAGCAGUCAUAGCUUAAGUUUGUCAAAUUCCAAUUUUAGUUGGGAAUGCAUCCCUGAACAAAAUGAAAUUCAAGAUAGUGGUAAAGCAGAAAAUGCUUCUAGCUAUUCAGAUAACCUUGGUGAGCAUUUCAGUAGAGAUGGCAAAAGCCUGGAAAUAGACUUUCAGGAACUAUCUGUUCAAGAAAAUAUGAUCUCGGAUAAGCAACCAGAAGAAUUAAUUUCCAAUGAUUCAUGUCCAAGCUCAAGAACUGGAAAUGUUGUCAGUACAUUUUCAAAAGCAGCAGGUCUAAAAAAUGUACCUGCUGUAUCACAUAGUGCGGAUCAGUGUUCAGAUGAUGGAAGCUUUGAGUUUAUUGGCGAUUUUUCUGAGACAAAGUAUUUACCUAGAAUUAGUAAGACAUCCAAUGUAGCAGAAAAACAUAGUGUGCCUCAUAGUGGUUUUACUGAAGAAAAGCUUUCUAAUAUAAAUGACUUUACUGCAACAUGUGAUAGUGAAGAUUAUAUGUGCAUUGGAAUUGAUAAAAGUUCAUCAGUUGGUAAUGCAAGGCUAACAGAAAUUCAUGGAAUUGACAUGCAAGCUGAAACAGCAGACACUACAAAUGAUGAAUUGAUAUCUACAGGACAGUCAAAGGGUCUUGGAGGACAUACACUGAUUCAGGAAAUUGAUAUAAAAGCUGAAAGAGAAGAGGGUACAGAUGUAAUCUCUAGAACACAUGAUAACUUUAAAUAUCUAGAUCCAUCAAGGUGUCAUGUAGGACAAGCAGUAAUUCAUGAAACUGCCACUGAAACUGAAACGGAUGAUAUUGCUGAUAAUAGAAUGCAUGAUAGUCCACAAUCCAGUCCUUAUUUUCCAGAUGGAAAUGCCGAAGGACAGACUGGAACAGAUGAUAAUAUGAAUGGUGUAUUUGUUGCGUCAUCUAAGAAUAUCCCAAAAUCUGUAGUCCUAGCAGGUGGUACAGCUGAGAAAAGGUUGUUUCAUGGAGUUGACAUAGAAGCAAAAACAGCAGAUACAGCAGAUGACGCACCCAUUGAAAGGAAAGCAUCUGUGUUGAUCCCUUCAGGUGCACCUACUGGUAGCCAUCAUACAUCUGGCUCAGUUUCUGAAGAAGACAAAUUAGAAUUGCAAUUCCUUCAUCAGCAAUGUUCUAUAGAAACUUCAACUGAUAUACCUGCUUUAACUCACAAGGACAGUAGUUUAAAUUUGUCUUCAAGAAAUCGCAAAGCACCAUUGGUAAACAAUGGUGAUCCAUGUGAGAGCACAGAAGAAGGAGAUGAAAGGUCAAGUCAGGGUCUCAGUAACAGCCAUGGAUCCAGCUCUUGGAGCAAAAUAAGUCAGUUUUCUAGAUCUUCUUCUGCAUCCAAUUCAUUUUUCAGUUCAAGUGCAAGUUCCUUUGAUAUGCUACCAGGAAUAAAUAAUGAGCAGAUACAACAAGCUCGUUUUCUAGACAACACUGAUUAUGAAAUGCUUCUUUCUGGAGUAAGUCAUAAUUGGCUGCUGAAGAGGCUAGAACAUACAGGUCUUUUUAGCUUCACGGAUUCAAAAGAGACACACAAUGCUCUGCUUCUCAAGUUUUCAAAAAAAUCUGAGCUUUGGACAGCCCAGGAAACAGUUGUUCAUAUUGGAGAUUAUGUGGAUGUUAAAAAGGAAGGCAAGCAAAGAAUAGCUUUCUGGAUCCACUUUCUACACCAGGAUGAGACUCUGGGAAGGUACAUCGGAAAAGCAUACAAAAAAAACAAGGAACUGCUUUACCAUUUCUGUGAUGUUGAACGUCAGAUGACUGCUCAGUUCUAUGUCACAGAAUUCAACAAAAGAUUGUAUGGAUUAAAUAUCCCUACACAGAUAUUCUAUGUCCCGUCUGCUGUUCUAUUGAUCCUGGAAGGCAGACGCAUAAAGGAAUGUGUGAGUGCAGAGCCAUACAUUCUUGGGGAAUUUGUGAAACUUACCAAUAACACUGAAACUGUAAAAGCAGAGUAUGAAGCUACAAAGUACGGUUUGGCCUUUGGACAUUUUGCGUACGAAUAUUUUUCUGACAUCGUGGUGGAUUUACAGGGCUGGGUAACUGGAAGUGAGAAAGGUGAAGCAAUCGUUUAUCUAACAGACCCACAGAUCCAUUCAGCUGAAAAAACGCCAGGAGCCAUGAAUAUCCAUUUUGGAAAUUACGGAAUAUAUUUGUUUUUCACUUCUCAACAUAAAGAAUGCAAUGAAAUCUGUAAAAAACUUUCUCUAACAAGACCUAGUGCCGAAAUUCUAGCAGAAUUUGGUAAAUCGCGGAAAAAUAAGGGCAAAUAAAGUGUACCUCUACCUUCCUCAGAAUGUUAAAUAAAGGCAUAGGCUUGUGGUAUACAUGGUC